UGGCCGCGUUCAGUUUUGUUCAAUCGCUUAGCAGAAUGUCAAUUUUUUUACACACAAUAAUGUUUUAUCCUAGGAAUUAACUAUGUAUGUACGUUUUAAGUUUUAUAUUUUUCUGACAUUCAGUCAUUUCAAUUAUUUUAAAACAUUUUAAAGUUUAGGUAACGGCAAGAAAAGUUUGUUUAUCAGGUGUAAAGCGAAUUUGACCGCGGCUUAAAAAGCGCCCAUGUUUGAAAAAUUGCAAGUCCCCUAUUGUUGUAUUUUGUCUCAUCGCUGUCGCUUUUCCACUCAUUUGUUGCAUCUAAAACACAAAAUCGUGCGGCAAUGGGUGUACACGACUUGUGGUCCAUCCUCGAGCCUGUUCGAGAGUCGGUGCCGUUGUACAGUCUGAGCGGAAAGACGCUGGCGGUCGACUUGAGUUUGUGGGUCUGCGAGGCCCAGCAUGUCCAAGCGAUGAUGGGCAGAGUCACGAAGCCCCAUUUGAGAAAUCUAUUUUUCCGGGUGUCGUCUCUCGUUCUUAUGGGGGUGAAACUGGUGUUCGUGAUGGAAGGAGAGGCUCCGAAACUGAAAGCGGAGACCAUGAUCCAGAGGACUGCGAACCGGUAUGGGGGCCCCCCAAAAGCCUCCAAGUCCUCCACUAACACCAGCAGGGGACGCUUUAAUGCAGUGUUAAGAGAGUGUGCAGAAAUGCUCGACUACCUGGGGGUGCCGUGGGUGGUUGCUGCGGGGGAGGCUGAGGCCAUGUGCGCACAUCUGGACUCGCAGGGUCUUGUGGAUGGUUGCAUCACCAAUGAUGGAGAUGUGUUCUUGUACGGGGCGCGGACUGUCUACAGAAACUUCAACAUAAACUCCAAAGACCCCCAGGUGGACUGCUACAAGACCUCCCGUGUCCAAACGGAGCUGCGUCUCUCCAGGGAGAAUCUCGUUGGCCUGGCGAUCCUCCUCGGAUGCGAUUACAUUCCCAAGGGAAUCCCCGGUGUCGGUAAAGAACUGGCCCUAAAACUGAUCCAGACCAUCAAAGGAGAGACUCUCUUGCAAAGGUUCGUGCGGUGGAAGGACGAAAUGGCGUCCGUGUCUCAGGGGGCCGCGAAGAAGCUUCCCCACUGCAACAUAUGUCGACAUCCCGGCUCAGCCAAAGGCCACGAACGCGGCGGCUGUGUGUUUUGUGACAGUCGACGGUUCUGCCAACCUCAAGAUUUCGACUACCCUUGUCCCUGUGACUGGCACCGCUCAGAACAGACCCGCCAGGCCCAGUCCAUUGAGGCAAAUAUCAAAAAGAAAACGCUGGCGAGUCAGCGGUUCCCGUUUACAGAGAUCAUCCACGAGUUUCUGAUCUCCAAGGAAAAACCCGUCGGAAACUUCAAAAGGAGGCAGCCAAAUAUGCUGUCAAUGCAGAAAUUUGCUCUUGACAAGAUGGAGUGGCCGAAGCACUACACCAGUGAAAAGGUUCUGGUUCUGAUGACCUAUACGGAGCUGAUGAACAGGAAGUGCGGCAGAAUUAUGUCGCCGCAAAUCAAGCCCAUCCGGAUAUCGAAACAACGUGUGAGGAAUUCAGUUUCUUGCUUCGAAGUGAUCUGGAGCACACCAGAUCAUUACGUGUUUCCAGAGGAUCGUCCAGCCGAGGAUCAGCUCGAGGUGACUUCGGUGGAGGAGGAGAGCCUCUUCCGCGUGGCCUUCCCAGAGGUGGUGGAGCGCUACCUGAAGGAAAAAGCCUCGGCCGAAGAGAAAAAGUUCAAAAAGAGGAAAGCAAAGAGUAAAAUGGAGAAGACGCCUGAGGAAGCCGAUGUGCUUUUGGACCUCCUGGCGCAGAUGACGCUUCAGCUGUCUCCUCCGGAAAAGGCAAAGCCCCAAACGCUGCAUUCUGUUCAUCCACAAAUGUCGGAAGUGGUGCUUCUGGACACACCGGUGACCCAAAAACAGCACCGGGGACUCGCAGAGAAAUGUCCCGGUACGCCUCUUUCUCAGCCGGAUCCGUCGCCGUCUGUCUCCGCCACUAUCGACGCACUCCACCUGAGCGACAUCGACUGGGACGCUUUGUCGUUCACGGCCACUCCGCCGCCUCAAACGGUUCCAAAGUGCCCACCGAAGAACGCCGCGAUGCCCGUUGGGGACGUUGUGGGAGCUGAGGCGAAAACCUCGAAAACUCAGCACUCCGAUGCUGCUCCAGAGCUCUGUUUCACUGAAUAUUCUCUAACAGACAGGCUGCUUAUGAGAAACACAAGCACAGCAACGGAAAUACACGAGAAACAACUAGGCUACCUUGCACCAAUAUUAAAACCCACUGCAGACGCUCGUAAAGAAAGCUUUGGUAUCAAAAUAUCGGGGGGAGCAACCCCAGCAGUGCAAAGCCAGACAAAGUUGGACAAAAGGCCUCCUCACAAGUACAAAUUUGUCAGCGCUGCAGCGGCAAAACUGCAGAGGUGCCACUCAGAGCCAUGUCAGGCAGAGAAAAACAGAAAGGCGACCGGCAAGAAAAGCGUGUGCACGCGCGUGUGUUCUUCCAGCGAGGACAGCGACGCCGAGAACCAGCAACACGCGUACAAUCCCGAGCGAGGGAUCUUGUCAGAUCCCCCUCCGAAACUUGUUCGUGGGCCACUGAAAACCACAUCCGAGAGAGUCCAAUCCUCGAACGCCAAGCGCGUGGCGAACGGCGAUCACGUCACACACCUUCAAAGCAAAACUGAAGUAGAAGCCCACGCUGACGUCGUGUUCCCUCCCGCGCCGGCGUCCCCCUGCAUUGGGUUAGAUGGCGACGAUUCGGUGGUUUGCGUGGACAGCCCUUUGCCGCUGGCAGAGAGACUCAAGCUCAAGUUCCUCAAGUGAGAAGCAGGACCAGAAAGAUUUCUAAUGCAAGAGAAAUUCCAUCAACCUCAACAAUUUACAAAUGCACUCACCAGACAACGAGGCGCGCUGCAAAAAUAAAACUUUAAAAACUAAAAAGCACAGUCGGCAAGUCCGAAAAGGGCAUCCAUAUCUGGACACAUAUUUUAUUACUAUUAUUACACAUUAAAAAAAAAUAUAUAUAUAUAUAUAACUAUCAUCCCACCCGUUCAUACAACAUUCAAAGUCAUAGUAAUAAUCAAUGACUAUGAUCGUAGUGGUCAAUAUGUCCGGCUCGCAAUUGAGAGGUUUGGGGUUCAAAUCUCGACUCGCAGUAAUUUAGUUAGCAAAAAAUGUAUACGCUGUACAGUAUUUUUGUAUCAUAAGCGCUCACAGGCUCCCCGAGAGGACUGCGAGCUGUUUUUACAGCCCUCUGCUGUUGCUUCCCUUGAUCACGAGUGAGGCCUUGCACACCUUUUCAGACAUGAAAGGUCUGCCAAGAGUUUGGUGACAGCUGCAUCCUCUUUGGCCAAAUAGCAGCUCCUCGCUGGCCUUUACCACCCUGCCCCCAAACUCUUAUUUUUAUUAUUUUUUUUAAUAUUCUUGCUCAUAAUAAAAGCUUAAAGCACACAGAAUGCUUAGAGAAAUGAGAAGUUUGCUAGUGGUGGACAGGAAUCAAAUCCGAGUAUCAGAUUAACUUAACAAUAUUGGUAAAUUAAUUACUAUUGGUCAUAAGUAUUUAGCGGUGUAAUUAUGGUUGUUCAUGAAAUAAAUAUGUUGGUUAAUGCAAUUAUUUAUUUGCUGAAAUAAGUUGUUUUAUUGGCAUUGGUCAAAUUUGAAUUGAUGCUGUUUUUUGCAUGUAUUUUAAUGGAAUUCUU